AAGCAGCCUCGUUCCAAGCUCUGUUAGCGCGCAUGCGGAGGUGUCAUUCUUUGCAGUAAAAUCUCUCUCUCUCUCUCUCUCUCUCUCUCGGAAAAGGAAUGGGUCGAGGGCGUGCCCCAUGUUGUGACAAAGCUCGGGUGAAGAAGGGCCCCUGGACCCAAGCUGAGGACUUGAGGCUCAUAUCUUUCAUUCAGAAGCAUGGACAUCCCAACUGGCGCGCUCUCCCCAAGCAAGCAGGUUUGCUGCGGUGUGGUAAGAGCUGUCGUCUGAGAUGGAUUAACUACCUUCGUCCCGAUAUCAAGCGGGGCAAUUUCACCCCAGAAGAAGCAGACACCAUUAUCAACUUGCACUACUCCCUGGGAAACAAAUGGUCGAAAAUAGCUGCACAGUUGCCUGGGAGAACCGACAAUGAAAUAAAAAAUUACUGGAAUACGCAUUUGAAGAAACGUUUGACAUCAAAUCUUCAAUCCUCCAGACAUCCCGCUGUUACUUAUGAGCAUAAAUUGCCAAUGAAUUCAUCUCCAUCCAAUUCCUGUUCAUCAUCGAUUUCGAGCAGUUCUGCUAGUACUGGGCUUCAAGACUCUCAGGACUUUAAAUCAGCUGGAUCAUCGUCAUGGCUUGAACUGAAUGUGAAAGCAGAAAAUGUGAUUAAUAACCAAGAUUGUUUGCCUGGGGAAGUGACUGAAAGUCCAUUUGAUGAGCCUAACAUGGACUUUUUCUGGGACAUGAUUGAUGCAGGCUCUAAUCCAGCAGACACUGACCAUGAACUGCACGAGUGCUUCGCAGUGGAAGAAGACAAAAAUGAGGUUGCAAGUUGGUGGUGGUUAGCAUACUUAGAAAAUGAGCUUGGACUGAUUCAGGAAACAACUGAUAUUGAAAACCAAGACAAUUGCUUGAAAAGCGAUGGGCCACCAGUACCCUCCCCUUUGAAUCAAUAGUUACUUUCUAAGUUGGAGAUAUUUGACCCUGCUGUGACCUAUUUUAAUCGUACUUGGCCAACCUCACCUCAAAACUCAUGAAUUUAAAUUCAUGUCACACACAAUAAUUUCCAAAGGGUUUGUUGGAAUUGCUCAAUCAGAAACAACAUACUGCGGAAUUGAUCAAUCACUCCAACUGCUUAUAAUUGCAAGCAUAAUUAUUUGUAACAGUAUAUAUUUACUUUAGAGGGUGAUAAAUCGAACACGGUUCUUAUAUUUGAGUUUUA